UGGAGAGAGAAGACGAUAACUCUGCUUCUGUUGGUGAUUUUUAGAUUUUCAGAAGCAGAGUAUUUGCUAAAACAGAGAGCUUUCUAGGUUUUACGGAUUUCAGUGUUACACGAUAUAACCAAGAAGAAGACAAUGUCGGAUUCUCCGAGUUCUUCUCCACCUGCACCGUCUGCUGAUUCCGCUCCUCCGCCGGAUAACUCAACCGGCGGAUCCGCCCCGCCACCUGCUGAUUCAGCACCACCUCCUAGUCCGCCGGCUGAUUCAUCUCCGCCUCCAGCUGAUUCAUCCCCUCCGCCGGCCGAUUCUUCUCCUCCUCCUCCUCCGCCGGUUGAUACAUCUCCUCCGCCGGCUGAUCCAUCUCCUCCGCCGGCUGUUUUAUCUCCUCCGCCAAGUUCUCCACCUCCACCCCCUCCGGCAGAUGCUCCCCCGCCGGUUCCCACCGUGGUCUCUCCACCUCCACCGAAAGACUCACCGCCGCCGGAGUCGGAGUCCCCUCCACCUCCGGAAGUGUUUGAAUCACCACCGCCUCCGCCUAAUGAAGAAGACAGCCCUCCUGCUCCUCCGCCUCCGGAACAAGUACCUCCUCCAGCGUCAUCACCGAAGGGCGGACCCAAGAAACCUAAAAAACACUCACCAGGACCUAAACAGUCUCCUUCAGCACCUACAAAAUCUCCUUCAGCACCUACCAAGUCUCCUUCAGCACCGGCCAUAUCGCCUCCUGCUCCUCCUAACGCUACACCGCGAAAUACCUCUCACGCAUUACCACCUAAGUCUACCGCUGCUGGUGGACCGCGCGGAGUCCCCAGCAGCGGAAUCUCUGUCCCGCCACCUCCAAGUAGCGGUGGCGGCUACCAAGGGAAGACUAUGGUCGGUUUUGCAGUUGCCGGUUUCGCAGUCAUUGCCUUGAUGGCCGUUGUGUUCUUAGUCCGAAGAAAGAAGAAGCGAAACAUUGAUGCUUACAGUGACUCACAGUACUUGCCUCCUUCAAACUUCUCCAUCAAAUCAGAUGGAUUCUUAUACGGUCAAAAUCCUACAAAGGGAUACUCUGGUCCUGGUGGUUACAAUACACAACAACAAUCCAGUUCCGGAAACAGCUUCGGCAGCCAAAGAGGAGGAGGAGGAGGAGGAGGCUAUACACGGUCAGGGAGCGGACCUGAUUCAGCAGUGAUGGGAAGUGGUCAAACGCAUUUCACUUAUGAAGAGUUAAUGGACAUAACUGAAGGAUUUGCUAAGCAGAACAUACUUGGAGAAGGAGGGUUUGGUUGUGUCUACAAAGGUAAACUAAAUGAUGGGAAACUAGUUGCUGUUAAGCAGCUUAAGGUUGGUAGUGGACAAGGUGAUCGUGAGUUUAAAGCAGAGGUUGAGAUCAUUAGCCGUGUUCAUCAUCGCCAUUUGGUUUCUCUGGUUGGCUACUGCAUUUCGGAUUCGGAGAGGUUGCUUAUCUAUGAGUAUGUCCCUAACCAAACCUUGGAGCAUCAUUUGCAUGGGAAAGGAAGGCCAGUUCUUGAAUGGGCUAGGAGAGUCAGAAUCGCUAUAGGUUCCGCCAAAGGUUUGGCGUAUUUGCAUGAAGACUGUCACCCAAAAAUCAUUCACAGGGACAUAAAGUCCGCAAACAUCUUGCUGGACGAUGAGUUCGAAGCUCAGGUUGCUGACUUUGGGCUUGCCAAACUCAAUGAUUCAACACAAACCCAUGUAUCAACUCGCGUUAUGGGAACCUUUGGGUACCUGGCACCAGAAUAUGCACAAAGCGGAAAGCUGACUGAUAGAUCAGAUGUUUUCUCGUUUGGGGUUGUUCUCUUAGAGCUUAUAACAGGACGCAAACCAGUUGAUCAGUACCAGCCUCUUGGAGAAGAGAGUUUGGUUGAAUGGGCUCGCCCCCUACUUCACAAAGCCAUUGAGACCGGUGAUUUCAGCGAAAUAGUUGAUAGACGGCUCGAAAAGCAUUACGUGGAGAAUGAAGUUUUCAGAAUGAUUGAAACUGCUGCUGCUUGUGUUAGGCAUUCUGGUCCAAAACGUCCACGCAUGGUUCAGGUUGUGAGAGCACUGGAUAGUGAAGGAGACAUGGGAGAUAUCAGCAACGGAAUCAAAGUGGGACAAAGCAGUGCUUAUGACUCUGGUCAGUAUAACCAUGAUACCAUGAAGUUCAGGAAAAUGGCGUUUGGUUUUGAUGACAGCUCAGAGUCCGGCAUGUACAGUGGAGACUACUCUGUCCAAGGCUCCCGGAAAGGUUCCAACGGAGCCUCUGCUGAGUUCACAAGGAAUGAAUCUGAGAACAGAAACUUUAAUAACCGGCGGUUCUGAUCCAAAUAUAGGUCAACAACUCCUUUGCCUUUUUAUCACUCCUCAUGGUUGAGCUCUCUGUACAGCAUUAAUACUCGCUUUUGUAUUUUUUUUUUGUGUGAGAUUCGUUUCUUGCUAGCUACCUUUAGUUUUGCUCCAUAAUGGUGGCCAUUUGCCUCAAAAGACUUAUUAUAGGUGAGAACAGAAAAAGAGCAACAACAAAAAAGAAAAAGAGAAGUCACAAUAGUUCUCAAAGAGUGAUUAAUUUGAAUCUUGUUUGCUUUUGUUUGGUUCUCUAUAUGUUUAUGAGUUUCGGAUUUUUGUUGAGUGUGAUAACAUAAAUGAAGAACUCCAUCUUCUUAUUUUUUUUUUUUUUACAUAUUUGAGCUUGUAAUUGUUACUUGUCAUCUAAAUUUUUUUUGUUCUUGCUUGCUUUCAUAUAUAUAAUCUAAGUUCCAUACCAAUAUGAAACAAAACCAAAC